GAUACGCUUGCGGCUUAAGAACUGUGCAGAAGAGAUCUCUUGCGGUGGACGACGGGGGCGCUUUGAAAUUACAAGGGAGGCAAGGGAUUGGUAAAGGAGCGUAAAAGUCGUCCCUCCCCGCAAGAGGUUGUCUUGCAAAAACUGGAGAAAUAGCCAAUGGCGCAGAAGCAAGAGCCCUUUGCCUCAAGGGCAGCUACCAUUGCGCGAAAAGUCUUGCUGCGACAUCCUGUCCGUGCAAAUACUCUAUAUAAUACAGUGGAUCCAGAGCAUGACCACGAGGUUCACGCAAAAUUCAAGCCAUACGAGAGUAUUGCGUUCGAAGAGCCCGAUGGCCCUGGCCUCCGGAAGCACUAUCGGCAUCAAACUCGCUUGACUCGCAUCAUCCAAGAACUUCUUCAAUACCUCCUUGCAUGUGUAAUCACUCUUGCGAUAUCAUGGCUGUAUGUGCUUCUCUUCUUUGGAUCGGAGAAGCUGGCCGAAGCACGCAUCGAGCAUUAUACCGAGCUCAUUGAAGAGGGACAUAGAUUGGAAGCUGUGCUGUAUGCAUUAUGGACAUGCUUACUAGCGGCGCUCUUACCGGCACUGGUGGUUUUGAUAUGGGCGCCUGGAGUUACGGGGUCAGGAAUGGUCGAGCUCAUUGCAUUCCUUAAUGGUGCAAAUUCAAUCACCAAAAGUACUUUGAUGAAUAUGGCGGCACGAUUUCUCGGUAUCUUCGGAAUUGCUGUUGCAGGGCUUUACUCUGGAAUUGAUGGGCCAAUGGCCAUGAUUGGGGCAUCGCUCGCGAUAUUCAUAGUGCAGCUUGUGCGGAAAGUGCCGGUCUUCCGUCGUUUCUUCUAUGGAGAAAGUCAUCCGAAGCAUUUGGAUGCCGGCCCGGCAGCGGCUGCUGGGCGUAAUGCCUUAUUCUCCUUCCUUGAACAGACAGCGCUACGGCUUUUUGCGACAAUCGGUGCGGCCGUCGCCAUUGCCGCCAUCUUUCGAAGUCCUCUAGGUGGAGUAAUGUUCACUUUAGAAGAAACGAUGAGCUUCUUCGAGCCGCGUAUCAUGAUUAGAACAUUAUUUUGCACUGUUAUUGCUUUUUUGGUUGUUGGAUUCGAGGUUGCCAAGCACUUUCAUUCUUUGGAUACCGUGCAAGUUGGGGAGAACGCCGGUAGUUUGGAGUUUACUCUGUUUCCUGUCAACGUGGACUGUAACCGAAUUAAUCCUUUGACUCCUGGGAAGCUUUUGUUGUUGCUCGGUCUUUUUGUGUCUCUUGGUGUUGUGAUGGCCUUCGUUGGAACCCUAUGGAAUAACCUUUUGAGCAUGGUUCAAAAUCUCCGGCUACCAUACACCGUUCGCAAUUUGGAGCAGACAGCGGCCGCGUCGUCGUGGGUGCGCCAUUCACAGGAGGAAACAACAGAUGGAGGAAAAGGGAAGCCCCGCAAGUUAGUCGCCGUAGCCUCUGACAAGCUGAAAUCACGCCGAGGUCUUUUUACAUUCAUACGUUUGGUUGAAGUCGCUGUUGUCUGCAUCAUUACUACGCUGAUCGUUGUGCUUUUGCCGACGGCGCCUGGCGUUGAUCCGUGUCUCCCCUUGAGCACAGUAACGGAUCAUGUUCGAGAUACUACACCCACCGAAUGCCUAGAAGGUGUGGAAAUUAACUCUACAGCGAUAUCCGAUUCAAAGUUGCGAGAAUGUUUACGAGGAUUUGGCGGUGUUUGCCUGCCGCCAGAUUUGAAGAAUGAAUACGAGCAUAGCAUCAUUCAUAGUUUCUAUCGGCCUGUGGAGGUUGAAGCAGCCCGAAACCGAACUAUCAUUGAAGAACAACCAGGAGGCCGUGAAGGUCAUCAGAGUACAAUAUCCAAUGGACCUGCACACCUUACUUCAUCUAUCGCUUCAAAUGCUCUGCCAACUUUUGACGAAACCGCAUCGGCCUUUCUCCCGUUCAGCGAAUCAAGAGGGGUUCGCAUGGGUCUCCGUGUCCGAAGGCUAACUCGACGGCAAGAGCAUGGGAAUCCCGGAGGUCACGAAAGCACGGACCGUCCAGCAUCAAGGGAGCCCUCUCCGUCGAGCAAUGCACCUUCUGGCGAGCAUAGCCCGUCGCCCUCUGAAGCAAAUGGCCAUGGCAACAACACGGGUGAUGUGAAACUUGCGACCUUGGACAUGCUGAUCCCCCAGGCGGACCUGCAUGCGCAGCAUGCCAAGGUAGAUCAGGAGGGACAAUGCUACUAUCAAGUGAGAUCGCUUAUGUAUUCCACUCCUGAGAAGCAAUUGAAGCUUCUCCUUACCCGAGGUCUAUAUCAACUCUUUGAUAUCCGGUCUCUUGGAAUUUUCCUUGGUGUAUAUCUAUUAUUGAGUCUGAUCACGUAUUACAUCGCCCUACCAACAGAUUUGGUCAUUCCAAACUUGAUCAUGGGUGCAGUUACAGGGCGCAUCCUUGGAGUCGCUUGGAACUACAUGCGCGGCUCCUCAGCGAUAGAUCCUGGUCUAAUUGCAUUGAUUGGGAUGGCUAGUUUGUGGUCUGCGACCAGCCGUCUGACCCUUACAGUCAUCGUGAUAUGCUUUGAGUUGACAGGAGACUUUGAUGCUAUCCCUGGAUUAAUUAUCGUAUGCUUCACCUCUGCAUGGGUUUCGUCAUUUUUGGGUGAAUCGCUAUAUCAUCUUGAAAUGCACAACAAUCACACACCCUUCCUACCUCCUGAACCCUCACAUCAACUUCGCACCAUCUGCGUCCGCAAGUUGAUGUCCCACAAGAACAUGGUUGUGCUCACCUCAACCGCCAGGCUCAGUGCGUGCGCUGAAGCGAUUCAAUCUGGCCAUAAUGGAUUCCCAGUUUGUGAAAAGCUUAUGGUGGAGGAUUCCCACGGACGUCAAGUAGUGCGGUAUCGACCUGUCGGAUUUGUCUAUAGGGACUUGCUUUCCGAGACUCUCACGAGCCUGUGUGAAACCAAGACCUACGAUCCGACUAGUACUCGCAUCGAUAUGACGGCGAUCAUGAACGUGAGUCCAACAAUCGUGCGCGAGGAUGCUACUGCUGCCAAAGUAUUUUCAGUUGUCCGAUCUUUGGGAUUGCGGCAUGUAAUGGUUGUUGAUCGGGACGGAUUCCUGGUUGGACUUGUCACAAGGAAGGAUUUGUUACGGGGAAUGCAUGGCGACGACCAUCACAGCCAUAAUGCCAAGAGGAAGGAUACAAAAGGCUUCUCAAAGACAAUCAAAGGCAGAGCAAAGACCUAUGGGCAAGGACAUGGUAGCGGAGACUUGAUUGUAAGUGAACGAGGCGGUGGAGGUGAUGAGGAAUUGGGAACGGUCAUCAAGCCAGCUGAGGGUGAUAGUGCUGGUAAGGAGAAGAUUGAAAGUGCCCGCGACGAAGGCAGUCAGCAUGUUCUUCGACAAGUAAGCGAAGAGACUGUAUCGCCAACAGCAGCGCAACUUCGUGAACAUGAAGGAAUUGUCGGUGUGGAGUUGCGACACUCUCCUCAGGAAGUAACACCAGUAGAUCCCCUUGCACAGGCGGGAGGUCAAUCCUCCGAGCAAUCGUGGUCAACCCAGGGAGGUCUGCUCCGUCUUCGCACCGUCCGUAGCUCCGUGGCCGCUGUGCGGUUGGAUUCAAUGGACACAGAAUCGGACAAUGAGGAGGAAGCGGAUCACCGCAGAUGGAGCAGGGAUGACGACUGUGUAUUCGAUGGGGAAGAACACAGAUUUGGGCGAGGUACAUGAUACUCACAUGAUAGACAUUAUGAGGGAUUCAAAGUAUAUUAGUAGAUAGCUACACUGUACAUUUGUAUUCGACAGUUAUUCGCGAUACCCCGAAUGUAACUUUACGUUGGAGUUGUUUUCGCCAUAAGGCUUGCGCAAAUGACAUUUAAAGCUCAA